GAGUAAUCCAUUUUUGGUCAGACAUCAAGCGUCUAUAAUAUGAUGCACACCUCGUUUGAUUUCAUCGCAUUCCUUUGAUACCCUUCUUAUCUUUUUUAUCUGUCCCCUGGUAAUCCUUGGGCUUUCUUUGGGCGGGGGAGAAUUUCUAUUUUGGCUGCAUUGCCUCCCACUUGUACAUAUCCAUCGCCAUCAUACCAAUCGUAUAUAUCAUUGAUUUUGGAUGGAUUGAUUCAUUUAUCGUCCUCUCCCCCGCUGGUCGCAGUUUCUGGUCCCGUUCCAUCAUCACGUCGUCCACUGGCAUUGCUGGAAAUUGCAAUUGCAAACUUAAUUCAUUAAUCGGCAGUUUGACUGGGCAAGGUCAAGAUGGCCACCAACCAGCCUCAUAAGGAGGGCCUGGCCCAGGUAUCGGCACCCCCCGAGGAAGCUCCUCGGAUCACCGGCUCGGAUUACACCAUGAUCUCUAGCUCAAGCAGUAACACUGAUGUCUCAACCGACGGCCAAUGGGGAGAACAGGGCGUAGAGCCCGUCUCUCGUCGCGGGGCGAUGGAGGACUUCGAGGAGAUGCGCAGAGAAUUGACCCGUUCGACCACCAGGGAUGCUGCUCAUCGACUACGAUCCCGGGCGAGCCAAACCCAAGAUCCAGAAAUGGCUCUUGACGAAGAGACUCUUUCCAAGACUGAAGACGAGUUUGGUACGUUUGACCUUACUGACUUUUUGAUGGGCGGCCACCUGGAGCGACGGACGACUACGGGAGACCCUGCGAAGAAAGUCGGCGUGGUUUUUAAGAAUCUCACAGUCAAGGGGGUUGUGACUGGCGCAUCCUUUGUUCGAACACUCCCGGACGCUGUCGUCGGUACCUUUGGGCCCGAUCUGUACAAAAUUAUCUGCCAUUUCAUUCCCCAGCUGCGGUUUGGCCAGAACCCCCCUGUUCGGGAUUUAAUCCAUGAUUUCACAGGCAGUGUCCGUGAAGGAGAGAUGAUGCUGGUAUUGGGCCGGCCGGGAGCUGGGUGUUCGACGUUUCUAAAAGCUAUCGCCAAUGAUCGGGCCUCGUUCGCCGCGGUAGAGGGCGAUGUCAGCUAUGGAGGGCUUACCGCAGAGGAACAGCAUAAAAAUUUCCGUGGCGAAGUCAACUAUAAUCAAGAAGAUGAUCAGCAUUUCCCGAACCUGACUGUCGGGCAGACUCUGAAAUUCUCACUCAUGAACAAGACGACAAAGCAUGACAAAGGCAGCAUUCCGAUCAUCAUCGAUGCCCUGCUCAAGAUGUUUGGAAUCACUCACACAAGGGAAACCCUUGUGGGCAAUGAAUUUGUUCGUGGUGUUUCUGGUGGAGAAAGAAAACGUGUUAGUAUCGCAGAGACAUUGGCGACCAAGUCCACGGUCGUCUGCUGGGACAACUCCACUCGAGGUCUCGAUGCCAGCACUGCGCUGGACUAUGCCAAGUCCCUUCGUAUCAUGACUGAUGUCAGUAAGCGAACCACUCUGGUCACCCUUUACCAAGCGGGUGAAAGUAUCUAUGAGUUGAUGGAUAAGGUACUUGUCAUUGACUCGGGACGUAUGCUUUACCAAGGCCCUGCUCACUUGGCUCGGCAAUACUUCAUCAACCUUGGCUUCUACUGCCCUGGACAAUCGACCACCGCCGAUUUCUUGACCUCGGUUUGCGACCCAAAUGCUCGUCAGUUCCAGCCAGGUCGGGAAGCGUCGACCCCAAAGACCCCAGAAGAGCUCGAGGCAGGGUUUAAACAGAGCGAAAUCUACAAGCGCAUCGGGGCUGACGUCGAGAGUUAUGAACGACGACUGAGAGACACUAACCGAGAAGAUACGCAGCGUUUUCAAAAGACUGUCGCGCAAUCCAAGAGCAAGACCGUUUCAAAGAAAUCUAGCUAUACCGUUUCCCUUGCUCGACAGGUGGCCGCUUGCGUCCAGCGCGAGUUCUGGCUCCUGUGGGGUGACAAGACCUCUCUCUACACCAAGUAUUUCAUCAUCAUCGGCAAUGCCCUUAUCAUGUCCUCUUUGUUCUAUGGUGAACCCUUGGACACCAGUGGCGCUUUUUCUCGAGGUGGUGUGCUCUUAUUUUCCGUCCUGUUCCUGGGUUGGCUGCAGUUGACCGAGUUGAUGCCGGCGGUAUCUGGACGCGGAAUUAUUGCUCGACACAAGGAUUAUGCAUUCUACCGACCGUCUGCUGUCUCAAUUGCUAGAAUGGUUGUAGACUUUCCGACGAUCUUCUGUAUGACCUUGCCUUUUACCCUUAUCGUCUACUUCCUCUCUGGGCUUGAUGUCUCUGCUUCCAAGUUCUGGAUCUAUUUCCUCUUCGUUUACACCACUGCAUUUUGUAUUACAACCCUGUAUCGCAUGUUUGCCGCCCUCUCUCCGACCAUCGACGAUGCUGUCCGCUUUGGUGGCAUUGCACUGAACGUUCUUGUCUUGUUCAUUGGUUAUGUGAUUCCGAAGCGAGCUCUUGUGGACGGCUCCAUUUGGUUCGGUUGGCUGUUCUUUGUGAACCCGCUGCCCUACAGCUACGAAGCAGUCUUAAGCAAUGAAUUUUCCGAUCGAGUCAUGGAAUGUUCUCCUUCCAUGCUGGUGCCCCGGGGUUCUGGCGUUGAUCCGCAGUACCAAGGCUGUGCUCUUGCUGGGUCUCGGCUGGGAUCUACAAGCGUUUCGGGAAGCCAAUAUCUGGAACAGGCAUUCCAGUUCACCCGACACCACCUCUGGCGGAAUUUUGGAGUCUUAAUUGCCUUCACGGUGCUAUAUCUCUUGGUUACCAUUGUUGCCACCGAGCUCGUCUCCUUUGUGGGAGGCGGUGGUGGCGCCUUGGUAUUCAAGCCGUCUAAGAGAGCCAAGCAACUUAAAGCAAGCAUCGACAAGGUUGAUGACGAGGAAAAUGCUCAGGAUGCCGCCGGCGAAAAGGCUGCAUUGCCGGGAAACCCUGUUCUUGAAAACAAUGAGACUUUCAAUCGUAUCUCCAAUAGUGACCGCAUUUUCACCUGGCACCAGGUUGAAUACACUGUUCCUUACGGAAACGGCACAAGAAAGCUGCUUAAUGGCGUCAGUGGAUACGCCAAACCUGGCAUAAUGAUUGCUUUGAUGGGUGCCUCCGGCGCAGGCAAGACCACGUUGCUCAAUACCUUGGCCCAGCGACAGAGGACGGGUGUUGUGGGCGGAGAUAUGCUAGUCGAUGGUCGUCCUCUGGGAACUGAUUUCCAGCGAGGCACUGGGUUUUGUGAACAGAUGGAUCUGCAUGAUAACACUGCCACAAUCCGCGAGGCUCUUGAGUUUUCUGCUUUGCUCCGCCAGGAUCGCAAUACUCCUCGUCAGGAGAAGCUUGAGUACGUCAACCAGAUCAUUGAGCUUUUGGAACUCGAGGAGAUUCAGGAUGCCAUCAUCGGAUCCCUCAACGUGGAACAGAAGAAGCGGGUGACCAUCGGUGUGGAGUUGGCUGCCAAACCAAGCCUUCUACUUUUCCUUGACGAGCCAACCAGUGGGUUGGAUAGCCAAGCUGCUUUCUCGAUUGUGAGAUUCCUAAGGAAGCUCUCGCACGCCGGACAGGCCAUUGUCUGCACCAUUCACCAGCCAUCGUCUAUGCUGAUCCAACAGUUUGACAUGAUCCUGGCCCUGAACCCUGGAGGUAAUACUUUCUACUUCGGACCCGUUGGCGAAGAUGGCGGCGAAGUGAUCAAGUAUUUUGCUGAGCGUGGCGCUGUUUGCCCCCCCGCAAAGAACGUGGCCGAGUUCAUCCUUGAGACAGCUGCUAAGCCUACGAAACGUGACGGCAAGAUCAUUGACUGGAACGCGGAGUGGCGCAACUCCGAAGAAUUCCAGAAGGUCCAACAGGAAAUCGAGCGAAUCCACGAGGAGCGCCGCAAUAUCCCCCUAAACGACGACAAGGCCGCAGAGUAUGAAUUCGCAGCCUCGACUUGGACCCAAACCUCGCUUCUCACCAAGCGUAUCUUCACCCAGUACUGGCGUGACCCAUCGUACUACUACAGCAAGCUGUUCACCAGUGUCAUCAUUGGUGUCUUCAAUGGAUUUACCUUCUGGAUGCUCGACGACUCGCUCGCCAGCAUGCAGAACCGCAUGUUCUCUCUUUACCUGAUCAUCCUGCUCCCGCCCAUCUUCCUGAACGGCAUCGUGCCCAAAUUCUACAUGAACCGCUCUCUCUGGGAAGCCCGCGAAUACCCCUCCCGCAUCUACGGCUGGGUUGCAUUCUGCACCGCCAACAUCGUCUGUGAAAUCCCAAUGGCCAUCGUCUCAUGCGUGAUCUACUUCCUUGUGUGGUACUUUCCCGUGGGGUUCCCCACGGACUCCAGCAGCGCCGGUUACGUCUUCCUAAUGACGCUGCUGUUUUUCCUGUUCCAGUCCAGCUGGGGACAAUGGAUAUGCGCCUUUGCCCCCUCAUUCACCGUCAUAUCCAACAUCCUCCCCUUCUUCUUCGUCAUGACCGGCCUCUUCAAUGGCGUCGUCCGGCCCUACAACGCAUACCCCGUCUUUUGGAAAUACUGGAUGUACUACGUCAACCCCAUGACCUGGUGGAUCCGCGGCGUCAUCUCCGCCGUCUUCCCCGCCGUCCAGGUCUCCUGCGCCACCAACGAAUCCACCCACUUCAACCCGCCCCCCAACACCACCUGCAGCCAAUACGCCACACCCUUCGUCGACCACGUCGCCCGCGCCGGGUACCUCGCGAACGCACACGCCACCACAAACUGCGAGUACUGCCCAUACGCCGACGGCACGGAAUACAUGCGAACCCUGAACGUGCACGCCGGCGACAAGUGGCACUCGUUCGGGAUUUUCUUGGCCUUUGUGGUCGUGAACUGGGGGCUGGUGUAUUUCUUCAUCUACACGGUGCGGGUGCAGGGGUGGACAUUUGGAAUGGGCUAUCUGUCUGCUGGUCUCGGGAGGGUUGUGGCGGGUGUGAGGGGGGCGGUUAGGAAACUCUUUUCUUCUUCGACUGCUUCGCCUGGCGAGGAAGUGGGGCAAAAGAAUUAAUGCUUCGUUUCGCUCUGUAGUGAGAGAGAGAGAGGGACGAUCUAUAUAAAUAUGUGAUGUGUGUGUGUGUGUGUGUGUGUGUGUUUAUAGACUAAAGCAGGACAGCAGAAGAAAGGGAUGUUACGUGACUACUAAUAGAUAGAAUAGAAUCACUAACUAGCUAAUUUGCAAUCUGCAGGUGCAAUUCCAGGGUGGAUUUUGGCAGCGUUGUGUUUGGGUUAGAUUAUACAUACAUAUAUAUAGGAAUUCAUACUGGUGCAUGUUUGGUCGAG